AAAUUCUGCACACGCCGUCUGAUGCGAGUGUCCGCUAGAGUGUGCUGCACGGGAAACGGUUGCAAUCAAAGCGAGUGGAGCAGUCGUAGCAGUCGAGUCGCAGUUUUUGGUGUGGUGUUGGAAAAGCAGUAGUUUUCACAAAGUGUGGUCGGUUUCCCAGUUCUGGAGGAAAAGAAGUUAAUUUGGCUGAAGGCAGCAGUGCAAGAGGAGAGAGGAGCGUGAAGAAGAGUGUGCGAAAGCGAGAGAGAGAGAGAGUAAGAGAAGAGAAGAAGUGUUGAUUGCGCGUGAGAGCGAGAGAGAGAAAGCGAAUUUUCCCAUCUUCUAAACUACAUUACCAACAACAACCGGAUUCAAGAUGAUGUCCACCAACACUUGCUUCAAGUGCGACCGUCCCGGCCACUAUGCCCGUGACUGCCAGAAUGUCGGAGGCGGCGGUGGCCGUGGAGUCGGUGGACCGCGUGACCGCCGGGACUUUGGCCGUCGCGAGAAGUGUUACAAGUGUAACCAGAUGGGUCACUUCGCCCGUGACUGCAAGGAGGACCUGGACCGGUGCUACCGUUGCAAUGGUGAGUAAAGAGAACCUUUUUACAACAACAUACAUACAUAUUCUAUAUCUUAUUUCAUUUCAUUAUCUUUUAUUCUCGUCAUCUGUAAUGGCGGCGCCUCGCGCGCGCAUGCUAGGGAAAAGCGUAUGAAGAUGCACAUUUUAUUGGUUAUGUUGCCUUCGCAACCACGUCGUGGCGGCGCUGGUACAGUUGGCCCCGAUACGUCUUGUGUUUGUGCCGGUGUAUGGGUGUAUGUGUGUGUUUCAGUGCGCACACAGCACGUCAUCCCAUGCUUCUUUCCGGUGUGCAAACGCAAUCAUCGAACCGUUGUGUCACCCAUGUGCUUUCAGGAGAGGUGCUUCCAUUUUGCUAUUUUCGAAUUCUAACUGUAUUUCUAUCGCUUCGGUAAGAAGCGAUGAAGAGAGCAAGAAGACAAGGGCCCUCUUUCAUAACCUAGCUUCCGGGAUUGUGGCACGUAAAGCCUGCUGCAGUGGCGUAUGCGCGCACACACACACAUACACACCCAGUGCCGGUAACCGGCUGUGCAUCACACACAAACGAACAUGCGUUUUGCUGGCGUGCGUGCGAGUGUGUGCGUGGACGGAAAAACUCACCGCCAAGAGAGAUCGUACCGCCGCCAUUGACGACACGCACACAGCCAACUGAGUGCGUUAGAUGAGAAACACACAGCCAAAUGGUGUCGCUGUGCUACACACACGUUUUCGUUAGGGAACGUGUGUGCGUGCGUUCGUCUAAUGGCGGCAGCUGCGGCUACUUCGAUCAUCAAUAGCACACCUUUUCGCCGAUUUUUUUUGUGAAACCACAUGUGGUUUUUUUUUUGCGGCAGAAAAUAUAUUGCGUCGUUUGCAAUUCUGUCUCUCGCUCCGAGCGUUGAUUGUACUGUGGCGUACCCAUUUCGAUCAUUUUUAUUCAGUCAAUAAGGAAAAGACGGGCGGCCAUUUCUGAAUUCUACUGAUUGAUGAUUAUUUUCUACUGACGACUUCAUAUGAAGCCUAUUUCUUGACUUAAUCGUGUGUAGUAAACCCUUUGGAAUAGAGUGUUUUGUGACGCACGUACAGUACAUACUGCGUUUCUACUUUCCUUUUUUUCCAAGGUCUCUCUAAUUACACCUUCCCCGCGCGCGCGGUACCAUUUUAAUCCGUUCCCAUUGACUGACUGCUGUUUCUCGUGUGCCAACGUGUACACUCACCAUCACCACCACACUGCUGCUUCCCAGAUAGCGGUUUUCUUACCACAGCGAGGGUUGUCUUUUACAUACUUUUCAUCGCACUAAAGCAGAAAAUUACAGCUGCGGUAACCAUGUCUCUGCCCCACCACACACACACUCCCUUCCCUUUGAAGAUCGCGCAUUUGUGCUGCACAGCAAACGAUCAAUGAGAUAUUGAUUAUGCAUACAUAAGCACAAGCAAUAUUUUUUGCAUGGAUGGUACAAUUUAAACCGGCUUUGAAAAGAAAACGCGAUAAAUGGGUAAAGGAGAAGAGCGACGGGCGGCAAGUAAGUUCCAGUUUAAGCUUUCAAAGCUUCCGUUCUCCAUUUUUUGUGUGUGGUGAGUGAUUGUGGCGAUGCAAUUAAACCCCGAUAUUAAUCGGCGUAAUUUAAUCAAUCAUCACCGGCACGAAGUAGGCGUGUGUGGUUAGUUCCAUUACACUUCUUUUGCUCUGACCGCUUGGUAAGAUGGUGGUACCUUUAGCAAGGAAAAUGAGAUGAACAUUCAUGUAUAUGCCGUUCGCUUUUCCCAUUUUCCCCGGUCUAGCGAUACUGUUGGGUGUGAAAAAUACGUGGGCAUAAUUUUGCCUCGCGACGGUGACGCGCAAAGAUGGCUCCACGGGAAGGAGUCAGAGAGUGGGCGCGAUAAUAAUGUGGUGUGUUGGUGUGUUGAUGGUAAUGGUACAUGCGCGCGCCAUGCGAGAGGCGCAAGCAAAAGCGCUACGCCAGCAACAUAAUACCGAACCUCUCGGUCGAUCGGCAGGGUCUCUCCACUACUACCACACACACUGCCAAUAUAGCGUACAAUGACGUGCUACAUUUUACACGCGUGUCCGAGAGCGCGAUUGUAUUUGUGUGGGAAAUUUUCUCUUGCUCCAUUGAGAAGGAGGAGGAAAAGUGGACGAGAUGACGAUGUUUUAGUGGGAAGGUAAGAGGUUGCUCCUUAUUUUUCUUCCAUCGAGGGAAGAACUUGAAAUGGAUGGGAAGACCCGAGAGAGAUUUCAUUUAAUGCAUACAAAUUAGAAGCAUCGUCUUCCUGUGUGCUGCUUGCUUGCUUGCGGGUCGUGCGGUGUAAUUGCUUCCUUGAAGUGUCAUGUAACAUGCCCCCGAUGGACAGACGGUUAUCAGCAAUGAAACUAAUAUUUUGCGUUUCUUUCUGUUGGAUGGUGAUAACGAGGGCCUGGUCAGAGAUAGUACAAUCGUUGUUGGUUAGAUUAUUUUUGCACACGAGGGUCGCGCCUACUGCGCCGCCAUUUCCCAGGGUGUACGAGGGUUGAUAAGGAAGAAAGCGAUGAAGAAUAAAGAUCGAAAAACCACCCCCCGCAAUGAAAACCAUUCAUCAUGUUUGUUUUUUAACGUACAAUUCGUGUAUUUCGAUUGACUUUUCUUUUUCUAACCAAUGUUACCUGUGUGUUGAUGUUUUACAGGCAGCGGCCAUAUCGCGCGCGACUGCAGUCUGUCCCCGGACGACUCGUGCUGCUACAACUGCAACCAGAGCGGCCAUCUGGCCCGCAACUGUCCGGAGAAGAGCGACCGCGACAUGAACGUGUCGUGCUACAACUGCAACAAGAGCGGCCACAUCUCGCGCAACUGCCCGUCGGGCGACAAGUCUUGCUAUAGCUGCGGCAAGAUCGGCCACUUGAGUCGUGACUGCACAGAAAACAAGGGUCGGGAUUAGAAGUCGGGUUACUCGUCGUGGUGUGGCAGUAACAACAACACUGCGGCGUAUUUCCGCUUGCCACAUCAGUCCUCCUCCUCCUCCUCUACAACGGCAGCAGUAAAUGCAUCAUCAUCUCCGCAUCAGCAGCAGCAGCAGCAGCAACCGCAACCGCAUCACCACCAUGCGCAGCAACAGCACAUGCAGCAGCAGCAGCAGCAGCAACAUUCGCAGAUGAACCACCAUCAGCAUCAGCAGCAGCAGCCUCCGUCGGCGCCGCCCCCACACCACCAUCAUCAUCAUCAUCAUGCGCAUCAUCCAGCGGCGUCGGCCGGCCCACUGCACGGCAUGCCCCAUGGCGGUCCGCCCCAUCUGCAUAAUCUUGCCGCGGCCCAUCAGCAGCAGCAGCAGCAGCAGAACCACCAUCAUCCGCAGCAGCAGCAGCAACAGCCACCGCCGCAACAAGGUGGCCCGCAUCAGCAGCAUUACCAGCAGCAUCCGCAUGCCCAGCAGCAGGCGCAACAGCAGCAGCAAAUGACCUUUGCCGAGACGACCAAGUCGACGAUUCUGAAGACGGCGGCUGGCGGCGUCGGCGGUGGUACUGGGGCCGCUGCGGCCGGUGGAGGGUACGUGCUGCAGGAGAACUACUACAACUCGGCCACGGCAGCGGCGGCCUCGUCACUGAUCGGCCACUCACCGUACGGUGUAGGAACGGUCGUUCCGCCGAUCGGUGCCGGCGCGGCUGGCGUUGGUGCGGCAUGUGCAGCGGCUGCUGCGGCCGCCGCUAUUUCGGCCAGCAAGCCCCGCUUUAAGCUGUAAGCAGCCCCCUUCCUUCCCCCUCAGUCGUAGUCUCGCCAGUGACCCCUCACACACGUAUGACAAAACAACCAUGAUGUGUGUGCAGCAGAAUUGGGAACUUUACAUGCAUGAUGUGUACGUACAAUGGCUGAUGAUGCCCCCGGGGGAUGAUGAUGGGGACGGAAGAAGAAGAUGAGACGAUGCCGUAAAGGAGAAAGAGGAGGAUGGACUGUUGUGGACACAGUCAGGAAAGAACAGAGAAGUAACACGCGACAGAAGCAGAGGCAGAGGCAGGAGAACGGAAGAGUAAACGGAAACUUCAUUUAUUAUAAAAACACCUAUCCUUAAAUAUUAUUGAUUAUAAUGAAACAAACAAAAAAAAGGAAGAAGAAUACAAACACACAAAACAAAUCAACAAAAUAUGCAUUAUAAUUAUACAAACACACAUACAUACACUACUCUCUCUGAUGUAAUUGUAACGAAGGUAGCGCAGCAGCACAGAAACACACGCAAGUUGGAAGUUGGAACGAGAAAUGAUGGCAAACAACAUACAAACAAGCGCACGCGUUUCACACGUGUAUCAGCCAUCUUCCCGCCUCCCGAGCUCACCUGAAACAAGAGGGAAAGAAGGAUCAACAAGCUCUUAGAUAUUAUGUUCUCAACCAAGACGGUAGGGCGUGUCUGGUUUUGUGUACCUACUUACCCAGAAAAGAAGAAGGGUUUUGAAGAUUAAUGGUCGUGUUUGUACCCUGACGCGCGCAAUAUCCAUGAAAAUUGUUCCUUGUAGAUACACUUACGAGGGGUUGAGUUUGAGAGAGGAGACUACUAAUUUAGGUUAAAUCUCAAGGAAUUUCUCAAAGACAAAGAGGCAGAGAGCAGAGUUUUUGGGUGGUUGUGUUGUUAUAGCAUUGUUCCCUCUCGCGAUAGUUUUUCCCGGCAUUUUUGGCAAAACGAUUCCACACAACCACCACCGUGUCUCGCCGCCACAACUAACAGCAAGCACCUUUUAACUGAUCACUUCAAAGAGGAGGGACGAGCGAAUGUGUGUGUCUAUGUGUUGAGUCCGUAUCGCAGGAUACUGGCUCGAGCGACGACACACUUUACCUAUUAUUAUUGCCUAUGUUUUGAUGGGCACCACCAGGUCGAAGAAAAAUGAGGCUUUUAGAUUCGGACGGUCGGAAUUGCGUGGUGGAAAAGAGGGCUCUCUCAGCUGGACACUGGGAGCGGUAGUGCCGUGGUACCACCCGUGAGACGAUUUUUCGAAGGAGAGAAAAAGAGAGAGUUCCAGGGUGGAGGAAGAAUUGUGUAACAAAUGUUGGUCAUUUGUCUGUUGUAUGCCACGUUUCUAUUAUUAAGAGCUAGAGCGAACUGCAAUGCGAGCGGCGCGUGUCAAGAGAGAAUGUUAGAGGAGUGUUCCACACAAAUCCUUAUUGGAGAAGUAGUAGAGUAAAACCACAGAAUCAAUAAUAAUCCCCCCGCGGUGUGUGAAAAAUUUGAUUUUAGAGAGUGCAUUGAAGAAUGUUCUUAAAACUCGAUAGCCCAGGAACCAGCAGCAGCAGCAGCAGCAGUAGCAAGUAUAUAGCGCCAAGUACAACAUGCAUGCGUGCGCGCGUGCGCGCCUCAUGCACGUGGUAAUUGUGUAGUAAGCGAAGGCUGAGCGAUAGCGCGCGCGCGGUAAAAGGACCGAUCUCCCUUAGCAGAGAGAGCGCGGGGACUGAUAUGAUCUCUCUAAGAGACGCACCGAGGUGUUAGUAGUAUGUUGUGCGGCGGCAACGUAUCGUUGUUCGAAUGGUGUUGCCGUUUGCGGUGGAGUAAAGGUGCGCGUGUAUGCAUCCUUAAGCAUAUAUGCUGACGCAGCGUUUGGCCGUAAUCGCGCCACCAUUUGGAACACCGCCGCACAACAGCGAAGAUGCAGCGGAGGAGGAGGAGGAAGAGAAGUGUGUUGUCGAAGGCAAACAAACAAGCAGAGACAGAGAGAACAUAGUUGAUGUGUUUGUGUUUGGGUAGUAGUAGCAGCAGCAGCAGCAGCAGGAAGAUUGGAAGCAAAAACAAAUGGAGAAAAAAUUGAAGAAUUUUGUAAUAGUGAUUAAUUUGAAUUAUUAUGGAGAUGAAGAAAACAAAAAAAUAAUCCUAACACGAUACAAAAAACAAACAACAA